AUGGGAGUACGCCCCGUUGAGUAUUUCGCCGGUGCGACGCGCGAGGUGAUCAAGACUAUCUCCGAGAAAUGCCAGGUGCUGGGCAAGAUGCUAGAUGCAUCGCGCGUCAAGCUCCAUAGUGCUCAGGAGAUCGCGAAGGACUCAAUAUUCACACAGACACCGCUCCUGCACGAGAUGAACCGCGUAUUUGAGCAACUGCAGAGCACCUUUGUUGACCCGAGCAUGGUUGGCGGUGAGCAAGGCAAGACGCUGUUCGACUUUAUCGAUGCCGAUACGGUCCAGUCACUUCAACAGGAUGCGUUAGAGCAGACGAAGGAAGUGGAAGAGCUGCUGGCAACGCACCAACACGCCAUCACGAGGAUCGAGGCUAUAUACAAAUUCUUCGUGACGUUUGAUAAGACCCAUAACAGUAACGUUGGCGCACUGGUUGGCGAGCAUCGAGAGCUCGCAUCGAUCGGUGACGAGGAAGCCAAAUCAAUUGAAGAGCUUUACGACGCAGCAGUCAGCUUUUUCGUCGACAUGGAACAGUGCGAUCGCUUCUUGCUGCAGUAUUUCACCACUAUCAACGAUAUAUACCCGCACUACGAGGUGAUAUUCGCCGAUGUGCAGCUCUUGUUUGAUGAACUUCGAAGCCUUCGAGACUUCUAUCUUCAAUUUCUGGCAUCCUAUCAGUCCGUUGGCACUGAAAUGCUUCGGCGUAGGCAGCACGGCGCGAAAGUUCGUCAAUUCAUCGAAGAGACAAAAGCUAAGCUUGCACAGUUGGAGCAAGAGGAGAUAACAUUGCGCCGCACGUUCUGCGAGGAACACGCGCGCUUCUUACCUUCGACCCUUUGCCCCGAGAUCCAGAGCUUGCCCGACAGAUACACUGUUGCCCUUACGGACCACACGGGGGACAGUGUGGCAUGCGAGGAGGCACAAUAA